AUGGUUAGAACGCACCACAACUACGGCAAAAUAUGGAAACCUAGGCCCUUCAUUAACGGGUUAGGCAAAAAGAAACACAGCAAAUUAGCAGAAGGAACCACUGAGAAAGUGCGACUACAAUUGACACCACAAGAUGGCAGACCAGCUUCAGGGGUUACUGCAUGGCUUAGCAAAGGAACUCCUUCCAGCUUUGUUAUGACACCUUUAACAUCAAAUGCUACUAAAUGA